AUGGACGCUGAAGGUGAUUCUCUCAACUACACGUGCACAGUUGACAAUAGCAACAAUCCGCUCACGUGCUUUGUCGCCUCCAAUUCUUACCCGUCCAUCAUCAAUCUCCCAUUCGUAAAACAUGUACCGGAAGACAGUGUCAUAGGGACCGUUCUGUUCACACCGGAAGUAGAGGAUAUUGACCUUCCUGUGGAACCAAAGACAUUCGACAUGACCGUGUUACCGGCCUCGGCGUCUGGGUACUUCUCACUCGAUAAAUCAACGGGAAGCGUAAUACUCUCGAAGAAAUUGGACUAUGAGUCACUGCAGAAAUACUCCGUACUGAUGAGGGUGCACGAUACGUACCUGCGCAGUCAAAGUUCCAAGGUGCUCGUUAUUAACGUCACUGAUGUUAACGAGCCGAAUAGAAUCAGUGCCAAGUUCACAACUAAGACCUUUAAGGAGACAAAGAAAAGGGGAACCAAGUUCGAUUUUGAACUCGAAUGCUCUGACGAGGAUUUUUACGACCAACAGACCUUGACAAUAGUCAGUGGGACUUACAAGGAUUAUUUUAGUUUGAACAAUUCGGACAGGAAGAUUUACCUGGAGAAGGUGUGGGAUUUGGAAGACCCAGUGACUAGACUGCCCUCCUCCACGAUGAUUACGGUCCAGUGUGAAGACAGUGCCAACCACACAGCCAUUGAGUACCUCGAGUUUGUCAUUGAAGACGUUCGAGAACAGAGACCGGAUAUAUCGUACGCGUUGCCUAGUGGUGAAUCUACAUUGAUUUUACAGAUCAACUCCAGCACACCAUUGGCACUGGUACUGCUUACUGUCACGGUCCAUUUGAACGCUAAUGAGCGAGAUAUAUUUUCCUUCGGAAUCAUCGGCAACGGUCUUGGACGCAAAUACUUUCGCAUGGAACGAGUAUACCCUAGGAAGAGAUCCACGGAUACGGUUCAGGCACAAUUGAAAUUGCGGCAACCAAUGAAGCUUAAUUACCAUAAGUCAUUCUCCUUCAACAUAAAGGUAAGCGAUGGCGGCACACCACCGUUAAUAUCGGCCAUUCCUAUGUCGGUGAACUACACAGCCGACGCGCAUGUUCCUAAGGAGGCGGACAUUAACAAAUGCGUCACGUGCUCACACACCGGAAGAAGCCUGAUUGGCAUGCUCGUCGUCGAGUGUCUCAUAAUUGCUGGGCUCUUUGUACACGGUCUGGUCGCCAUGGGAAUCAUUUGUAAAUCGAACAACAGGCUAAAGAAGCUGUUCUCAAAGGCCGGCAAGAAAAUCUACAAGGGACGUUGGAAAAUAACUUCGAAUCCGGCCAAAACACGUUUUAAACCCCGCAACCAGGGACUCAAUGCUGGUGGCAGCCGAUCGAAGCCAGAUUCAGCGAUCCCUUCUAGCAGUUCCUCGUCUUUAGAGGGCGAGGAGGAGGUGUCGGGGAGCAGGAGAGCUGACCAUGUUGCCCGACAUAAGUUUCACGCUAAACGGUACACAACUGGCAUGGAUUGGGGACCAAGCACGAGUACAGGACUGCCCCGCCCGAUAUAUAGCCAAGAUGUUACCGGGGAAACAGAACCGGAAGGCAUCGGCCGGACGUUGGCGCAAAUUGUGCGUGAGAGAAGGAAGGUUCGCAAAGAAGAGUCUAUAAUUAUUUCCCGGGUCCUUGGACGUAAAAAAUCAAGUGGCGGCGAUUCGAGGUCGAAGCUGGCGUUUGGUCUGCCUAUAAAGAAUGUGACGUCAUCGGGAGCUUUGCCUGGAGGAAUUUACGCGGGAAGGGAGGGCUAUGAGACAUAAUAGUGACAGUAAAACACCGCAAAUAUGUGUGUACCGAUGUGACUUUGUUCAAAGACCUAUAGAAUACAUGUAUUCUAUAGGUCUUUGCUUUGUUAUAUAGUGCAUACUGUUGUUACAGUGUUUUAUUAGUAAAAUAAAAAAAUGCACGUGUGAUGCAGAUUUA